UUAUCACCAUCAUUUUCAUUCCCCAUUUAACCCACACCCAGUUUCAUAGAUUUUCUAUACUACCCCAACAUUACUCUCUCUAGUCAGCAGAAUCAGGAAAUGGUUAAAAGGUAUGGAGUGUUUUGAUGUGUGGAAGAUAUCAUGUUGCAGUGCGUAGCUGGUGUGAAGCAUUUAUUUGCUUCUGUACUGCAAUGUUGUGAUAUUGAUUUGUACAAACAAUCUAGAGGUCUCGGUGAUCCCGAACUUCUUGCACGAGAGACUGUGUUUAGUGUAAGUGAAAUAGAAGCUCUUUACGAGCUCUUCAAGAAGAUAAGUAGCGCGGUGAUAGAUGACGGGCUGAUUAACAAGGAGGAAUUUCAAUUGGCAUUAUUCAAAACAAACAAAAAGGAGAGCUUGUUUGCAGAUCGGGUAUUUGACUUGUUUGAUACAAAGCAUAAUGGAAUUCUAGGUUUUGAAGAGUUUGCUCGUGCGCUCUCUGUCUUCCAUCCGAAUGCACCCAUUGACGAUAAGAUUGAGUUCUCUUUUCAACUAUACGAUCUCAAGCAACAAGGUUUCAUUGAGAGGCAGGAAGUGAAGCAAAUGGUAGUGGCUACGCUUGCUGAAUCAGGCAUGAACCUUUCGGAUGAUGUUAUAGAAAGUAUAAUCGACAAGACCUUUGAGGAAGCUGAUACAAAACACGAUGGCAGGAUUGACAAGGAAGAGUGGAGAAGCCUUGUUUUACGACAUCCAUCCCUUCUGAAAAACAUGACCCUGCAAUACCUCAAGGACAUCACAACAACAUUCCCGAGCUUCGUUUUUCAUUCACAAGUUGAUGAUACCUGAAUGCAACUGGAUUCAAAGCUUGUUCCUAUCCGUGGACGUUUCAGAUCAAAAUGGCUAAAAGAGUGAGUUCCUAUGAUGUUGUUUUGGUUCAUUGGUUUAAAAUUUAUCCUUCUUAUGUGUGUUCAUAUUCAACUGUUGAACAUUCUUGUUUUCUUCAAUUGGCCGAUCGCCGUUUGCCGUUUGAGUCUCGGACAUGCUGGAAUCCAGUGUUUUUUUCCCUCUAUGGUGUUACAAUGUACAUUUUCUUCUUUUUUCAAAAGGGUUCUUUCCAUUUUUA